GAUAGGAAAAACGGAUGUGACCACAUAACACGUUACAUCAGAGGUUUUUCACGGUUUAAUGUCCGAACCCCAUGUACUCUCUCGCCUUCCCAUACUCCGUUUUCUUUUUCGUCUUCGUCAUCUCCGGCGUCUCCGCCUCCGCGAUAUAGGUGUAAGCUUAUUACAAUCAGAAGUGAAACAAGAGCACCAAAGCUUUUCAUUGUCCCUUUUCUCCAGAAUCUUCAGUUUGAUAAUAAUGGAAACAAAGAAGAAACAAGGUUUAAAUAUUGAAGGAUACCCAAUUGAAGGUUUAUCAAUAGCUGGACAUGAAACUUGUAUAAUUCUCCCUAGUUUUAAUUUAGCCUUUGAUAUUGGAAAGUGCCCUCAAAGAGCCAUUUCUCAACAAUUCCUCUUCAUCUCUCAUGGUCACAUGGAUCACAUUGGAGGAUUGCCUAUGUAUGUUGCAACUCGUGGUUUAUACAGAAUGGCUCCACCUACAAUUAUUAUACCAAAAGUCAUUAAAGAAAAUGUUGAAAAGAUCUUUGAAGCACAUAGAGCCAUGGAUCAAUCAGAGUUGAAGCAUACAUUGAUUGGAUUAGAUAUUGGGGAAGAGUUCUACUUGAGAAAAGAUUUGAAAGUAAAAGCAUUUAAGACAUGCCAUGUCAUCCCAAGUCAGGGUUAUAUAAUUUAUUCUGUGAAACAUAAGCUUAAACCUGAAUAUGUUGGACUUCAAGGGGAAGAAAUCAAGAAAUUGAAGUUUUCAGGUGUGGAGAUAACAAAUACAACAACAUCACCUGAAGUAGCUUUUACAGGGGAUACUACAUCCGACUUCAUACUUGAUCCUCACAAUCUUGAUGCAUUAAAAGCAAAGAUUCUCAUUAUGGAGAGUACUUAUGUAGAGAAUACAAUGUCAGUGGAGAAUGCAAGAGACUAUGGACACACACAUUUAUCUGAGAUAAUCAGUCAGGCUGAAAGAUUUGAGAACAAAGCAAUUGUAUUGAUCCACUUUUCAGCUCGGUAUCACUUGGAUGUGAUUGAAAAAGCUGUUGCUGCAUUGAGUGCACCAUUGGCGGGCCGUGUUUUUGCACUAACGGAGGGCUUCUAGGAUGGUUGAUGCUCAGAGGGGAUCUGUUGUAUUUUUUU